AUGCCAAUUUCUGCCUCAGAUUUAAAAAGCGAUAUUGAUGAGUUACAGGCUUUGCGAAAGCAGGCGAAACGAAGCAAUGUCCAGUUGUUUUUGGAUGAGCAAUUGAAGAAAUGGUUGGCUAAUUUGGAUGAGUUAAAUCGUCGUGAUCUAAUAACCUCUGAUGCGCCUAAAACAAUUGGAGUUGCUGCUCGUCCUUACAAAAAAUUGACAACUUAUGGAUUUGAUGAAAGUGACAAAUUUGUUAAAAUUUAUUAUUCAAUCCCUGGUAUUUCCUCUACACCAGUUACAGCAAUUAAAGAAAAGUUUAAUGAAAAUUCUUUUGACAUUUUUAUUACUGAUGUUAAAGGGACGGAUUAUGAAAUAAAUGUGCGUGGAUUGUCUAAAGUUGUUGAUCCAGAAAAGUGUUAUUUUAAACAAAAAAGUGGGGAUCAAUUGCUUGUUAUGUUAAAGAAAGUUAGAGAGAAUGAAAAUUGGGGAUCUUUGCUUAAAAUUGACAAGAAGGAACAAAAAACUCCAAAAUUCGACAAAGAUGAGGACCCUCAAGCAAGUUUAAUGAAUAUGAUGAAACAAAUGUAUGAUGAAGGGGAUGAUGAAAUGAAGCGUACAAUUCGUAAAAGUUGGUAUGAGGCACAAAAUAAAAAGACGACAUCGGAAAUGGAUUUUUAAAUAAUUGAAGGGAGAGGGGAGGAUGAGGGAAUAAUUUAAAAUUAAAUCACUUUGAUAUUUUUUAAAAAUUUUCAUUUUAAUAAUUUUUUUUUGUUAAAAUUAUUUGAAACAGUGAUUAGUGGAAAGGUGUUUUUAAUUAACUUUCUCAUUUAAUUUUCAAUUUAUAUUUUAAUGUUAGCUCCUUCUAAUGGGGGUUAUUUAAUACAAAAUUGUUCUUUAGUGGAGGUUUAUUGAUAAUUAUAAUUGGUGAGGUCUGAUUUGUUGAAAGUCCAAAAAAGCGUCGAAACGAUGCUUUGUAUUCUUUGCUGAAAUUAAAUA